AUGUCGAAGUGAGCAUCGAGUGACUCCCUGUCGGCGUCGCAAGUGAUGCCAGCGUGCGACAUGAUGACCUGGAGGCGUCGAGCGGCUUGUGGGCGCAGGAGAGGACUUCGCAUGCAACCAGCAGUGCGCUAGCAACCGUUCGCAGCACCCAGUGGCGUCCUUUCAAGGCCCACACGUCAGACCGCUGACAGCUUUCCUCUUCCCAACCUCCUUCACCGCUUUGCAGGCCAGAAGAGACCGCCCAAGCGGGCGAUGCGGGACUCAAUGUUCCCGAGACGGAGAUUGAGUCCAACUGGGACACAGUCACCGACAACUUCGAUGACAUGGAGCUCAAGCCUGAGCUUCUGCGCGGCAUUUAUGCAUACGGGUGAGUCUUGAUCUCGGCACGACCCGCGCGAAUCUCGACAGGCACAGUGAAGUCUUUAGCAGAACAUGUCGUCAGACUUGGCAGCAACAACUCCGCCUCUGUGCUAAGGCUUGAGCCGCCGUUGCGUGUUACGAGACGAAAGCGCUGACUCUGCCUUCCCGCUUCGCUACAGUUUCGAGCGCCCCUCGGCCAUUCAAGCCCGCGCUGUUGUGCCCGUAAUCAAGGGCCACGACGUCAUUGCCCAGGCCCAGUCGGGUACCGGUAAAACGGCCACCUACUCGAUUGCUAUCCUUCAGCGCAUCGACCCCAGCAUCAAAGCUGUUCAAGCCCUGAUCUUGGCGCCCACUCGUGAACUUGCCCAGCAGAUCCAAAAGGUCGUCAUCGCUCUCGGUGACUACAUGAAUGUCGACUGCCAUGCCUGCAUUGGUGGUACCAACGUCCGUGAGGAUAUGGCCAAGCUGCAGGACGGAUGCCAAGUCGUCGUUGGUACGCCUGGUCGUGUCUACGACAUGAUCAACCGUCGCGCCUUCAAGACGGACAAGCUGAAGAUGUUCUGCCUCGACGAGGCCGACGAGAUGCUUUCUCGUGGUUUCAAGGACCAGAUGUACGAGGUCUUCCAGCUCUUGCCGCAAGACACUCAGGUCAACCUUCUGUCCGCCACCAUGCCAGAUGACGUUUUGGAGGUCACCAAGAAGUUUAUGCGUGACCCAGUGCGUAUCCUGGUCAAGCGUGACGAACUGACGCUUGAAGGUAUCAAGCAAUUCUACAUCGGUGUGGACAAAGAGGAGUGGAAGCUUGACACUCUGUGCGACUUGUACGAGACCGUCACCAUCACACAAGCAGUCAUCUUCUGCAACACCCGCCGCAAGGUCGACUGGCUCACCGACAAGCUCCACUCUCGCGAGUUCACCGUCUCCGCCAUGCACGGUGACAUGGAGCAAGGUCAGCGUGAGGUAAUCAUGCGCGAAUUCCGAUCAGGAUCGUCGCGUGUCCUCAUCACCACCGACUUGUUGGCUCGUGGUAUCGAUGUCCAGCAGGUGUCUCUAGUCAUCAACUACGACCUGCCCUCCAACAGAGAGAACUACAUCCACCGUAUCGGCCGUGGCGGUCGUUUCGGUCGUAAGGGUGUUGCCAUCAACUUUGUCACUUCCGACGACAUCCGCAUGCUCCGCGACAUUGAACAAUACUACAACACUGUCGUCGACGAGAUGCCUCACGAUGUCGCCGACUUGAUCUAG